AUGUUUAUCAAGUCAUGGGCCAAAGUUUGCCACGUUGGAUCCCUUCCGCCGGAAUUGACGCCGGUUCUAGAAAGAUCUUUCAUCAACGACCCUUUAGAUAUCUGCACGAUUUUCACCGAAAGAUGGAAAGAAUUUGCCACGGAAGGAACCGGCCUCACUCUAAUGGAAAUGAAACCGGAACCAGGAUUACUCCGAGGAACAUUCCGACUAAGUCGACAACAGAUGGGUCAAAUAAAGAGCAAAAUAGACGGCAAUGUUUCAAGUUUUACGGCGGUUUGUUCGUAUAUAUGGGCGUGUCUGGUCAAAGCAGAGGGAGGGGAUAUUACAAACGAGAAUGUUUUUCUCAUAAUAAACAUGGAUUGUCGAUCACGAUUGGAACCUCCGAUUCCGGCCAAUUACAUUGGCAACUGUGUGGCGUUUCGGGUAGCAAGGACAAAGGUUGUUUCUUUGGAAGGGGGAAAUGGGUUGGUGACGGCGGCGGCGGCCAUUAAAGAGGCGGUUGGAAGCUUGCCUCAAGGAGUUGUGAAAGGGGCAGAGAAGUGGUUUUCGGAAGCAGAUUCAACAUUUGCCGGUCAGAAAACGUAUGGCAUUGGUGGGUCGCCUUGGUUUGAGUUGUAUGGGGCGGAUUUUGGAUGGGGCCGGCCGGUGAAGGUGGAGAUGGUCUCCAUUGACAAGGCUGUAGCUCUCUCUCUGUGA